CCGCGGCUCGCUCCCUCUGUUACCCCGGCGCCCAGGACCCCCGACGCCCCUGUCUCCUCUGCUCGCCGGGUCCGCCCAUGGGCCCCGCCGCUCGCCCCGCGCUGAGGUCGCCUCCACCGCCUUCUCCGCCGCCGCUGUCGCCGCUACUGCUGCUGCUGCCCCUGCUGCCGCUCUGGCUGGGCCUGGCGGGCCCCGGGGCCGCGGCUGACGGUAGCGACCCCGCGGCCAGGGCGGGGCGGGGCGGGGCCCGCGCCGUGCGGGUGGACGUGCGGCUUCCGCGGCAGGACGCUCUGGUGCUGGAGGGCGUCAGGAUCGGCCCCGAGGCCGACCCGGCGCCCCCGCUGGGCGGCCGCCUGCUGCUGAUGGACAUCGUGGAUGCUGAGCAGGAGGUGCCUGUAGAAGGCUGGAUUGCAGUGGCAUACGUGGGCGAGGAGCAGGCGGCCCAGAUCCGUCAGGAGAGUCAGGGCAGCGGCCCGCAGGCCUAUCCCAAGGCCCUGGUGCAGCAGAUGCGACGGGCGCUCUUCCUGGGAGCCUCUGCCCUGCUUCUCCUCAUCUUGAACCACAACGUGGUCCGAGAGCUAGACAUAUCCCAGCUUCUGCUCAGGCCAGUGAUUGUCCUUCAUUAUUCUUCCAAUGUCACCAAGCUGUUGGAGGCACUGCUGCAGAGGACCCAGGCCACGGCUGAGAUCACCAGCGGAGAGUCCCUGUCGGCCAACAUCGAGUGGAAGCUGACCCUAUGGACCACCUGUGGCCUCUCCAAGCAUGGCUACGGAGGAUGGCAGGACUUGGUGUGCCUGGGAGGCAGUCGGGCCCAGGAGCAGAAGCCGCUGCAGCAGCUGUGGAAUGCCAUCUUGCUGGUGGCCAUGCUCCUGUGCACAGGCCUCGUGGUCCAGGCCCAGCGGCAGGCGUCGCGGCAGAGCCGGCGGGAGCCUGGAGGCCAGGUGGACAUGCUCAAGCGCCGCGUGGUGCGCAGACUGGCGUCCCUCAAGACCCGGCGCUGCCGGCUGGGCAGGGCGCCACAGGGCCCCCUGGAGCCUGGCGCUGAGACUUGCGCCGUGUGUCUGGACUACUUCUGCAACAAGCAGUGGAUCCGGGUGCUGCCCUGUAAGCAUGAGUUUCACCGAGACUGCGUGGACCCCUGGCUGAUGCUCCAGCAGACCUGCCCGCUGUGCAAAUUCAACGUCCUGGGGAACCGCUACUCAGAUGAUUAGCUGCCCCAGCUGGGUCUCUGCAUGUGGGGAAGGGACCCCCUCCCGCCUGCACCCUGGCUCUUGGCCUGGGCUCCUGGAACAGGACAGCAAGCCCUGUGGGUGGGAGGAAGGAUAGGGGCCCUCCCCUGCUGAGAGGCAAGGCGCCCUACCACAUCCACAUUGGGAAGGAGGGCCACAGGCCCCAGGCCGAGGAUGCAGGGCCUGGACUUGCCAGGAAGAGAGGCCGCAUUGGGGGCCUUCUCUGCCAUCCUGGGGUGUCCGUGUCUGCCUUCUUGCAGGCAGCUCCUGGGACCCUGGGCAGGGGUCUGGGGAGAGGGUGUGGAGCAGUGCAGCUGUUCUCAGGGCUCCGGGAGCUCUCCAGCCUGCUUGUCAGGGCAUCCCUGGGGGCUGAGGCUGCAGUGGUCGGGUUUUGUGCUUAUUUAUUGGGGGGGUGAGUUGGGGGAGGAGCCAUCUGGCCUUGGGGGCACCUUAGCCUGACCACCUUUCAGGACCCAUCUUGGUCAAGGCUGUGAUGUUAAACCCAGAGGCCCCUCCACUCUCUGCUGCCCUUGGUCCUUGGACACUGGGAGCCGCAGGUUCCACUGCCUGACCGGCCGGGCUCCCUCCCCGGGCCUGGCUGGGACCAGAGGCCUUAGAAACCAUCCAGUCCUGUGCUGCUCAGCAGGGCUACGGGUUGCUGACCAGGAUACUUGAAGCCACAGGAUAAAUGUGGGGCAUCUUCCAGAGGCAUCCAUUUUUUUAGAAGAUAGGGGAGGUUUAAUAUUAAAAUAAACAUGUAUAUAUUUUAACAUAAGAAGUAAAAUUUGUGUGGAUGUUUUAAGAUUAAAAAAACAAGUCGCCUUGAGUUCUACUGCCUGCAGGAGGUGGAUUCUCAGAUGGCUCCCAAGAUGCCCCCAGCCCCCAUGCUCGUGCCUUGCAGAAUCCUGGAACUGUGACUCGGAAGGCUUUCACUUCCCUGAUUAGGUUAUGUUAAAUGGCACAGCUGACCUUAAGACAGGGAAGGUAUCCAAGUGGGCCUAACCUAACCAGGUGAGAAAUUCUCUGUUGCUGACUUGAAGAUGGAGGGGACCACGUGGCAAGGAAGGCAGACAGCCUCUAAGAGCUAAGAUUGGCCCCUGCUGACAGCCGCCAGCAAGGAAAUGGCCCCCAGUCCUAUAGCUGCAAGAAUCGGAAUUCUGCCAACAAUCAGAAUGAUCCUGGACUCUUCCCCAGAGCCAUCAGAAAGGGACGUGACCUGGCAGAUACUUUGAUUUCAGCCUUCUAAGACCCUGAGCAGAGAACCCAGCCAUACAAGGCCUGGACAUCUGACCUACAGAACAGCGAGUUAAUAAAUGGAUGCAGAGAAGAGCUGAGCUGUGACGGGUCCUCCCCCUGCACUUGGCCCAGGCCUCCUGCCUCGGAGCCCCCGCACAGAGAACUAGCUGUCA